AACCAACCAACAUCAACCUCCGUGUGCUCAGUAAAGAGCAGCCGUGUAUCAUCAAGACAUUAUUUACUGACAUUACUCGCAGAUGUUUUGAUGUCCGGAAGAUAAAAACAAAACAAAAACAUGGCCUCUCCUCAGGCUGGCAGCCCACCUCUUACAGAGCAGUACACCCCUACUGAUCAGGAUGAAGAGAGCCGACAAGAGGAAGAGCUUAUGAGAGCUCAGCCUGCAAAAAAGCGUGGCAGAGGCAGGCCUCCAAAAGCCAAGCCUUCCUUCAAAUGCUGCGAGUGUGCAGAGGCUUUCAGGAGUCUGUCAGCUCUGCGGAGCCACAAGCUCUCAGUACACACAAAGGAACAUCAGCAGCAGCAGCAGCAGCAGCAGCAGCACUCAUGUUCUCAGUGUGCCAAAACAUUCUCCAGCAAGGCUCAGCUCUCGAAGCACGAGCGGACUCACUCAGUGCAGCGUCCUUUCCAGUGUCCCGACUGUCACAAGGCUUACAAGACGCCCACAGAGCUACGCAACCACAGCCGCUCGCACACGGGGGAGAAACCCUUCGUGUGCACCGAGUGCGGGAAGGCCUUCAUGCAGGCGAUAUGCCUGAGGAUCCACAUGACGCAGCACAGCGGCGAGCGUCCUUACUCGUGCCGGCAGUGCUCAAAGAGCUACCCCACCCUGUCCAAACUGAAGGUGCACAUGCGCUCGCACACGGGGGAAAAGCCAUACUUCUGCGCCGAGUGCGGUAAGAGCUUCGCCGAUCCCUCCGUGUUCCGGAAACACAGAAGAAACCACCAGGGGCAUCGGCCGUACGCCUGCGACAAAUGUGGGAAAACGUACACGGAGCUGAAGGAUUUAAAAAACCACGAGCGCUCCCACACCGGAGAGAAACCCUACCUGUGCUCCGACUGUGGCAAAGCCUUCUCACGCUCCUCGUCUCUGGCCUGCCACCAACGCAUUCACUCCCAGAACAAACCCUACCAGUGCGAGCAGUGCGGCAAAGGCUUCACCCAGCUGUCCUCCUACCAGUCUCACCUGCGCACCCACUCGGGGGAGAAGCCGUUCCUCUGCCCGCAGUGUGGGAAGAUGUUCUCGGACCCGUCCAGCUUCCGCCGCCACCAACGAGCCCACCAGGGUUUCAAGCCCUACCCCUGCGACAAGUGCUCCAAGAGGUUCAGGCAGCCGGCCGACCUGGCCGUGCACGAGCGUGUUCACUCCGGCGAGCGGCCGUACAAGUGCCAGAGUUGCGACAAGGCCUUCGUGGCGUCGUGGGAUCUGCGGCGCCACAUGCUCGUCCACACGGGUCUGAGGCCCUUCUCGUGCACCGAGUGCGAUAAGUCAUUCGCCGAGCGGUCCAGCCUGAACAAACACCGCCGCGUGCACUCCGGAGAGAGGCCGUUUAAAUGUGAGGAGUGUCUGAAGUCGUUUGUGGUUUCCUCCAGCCUGCGUAAACACGAGAGGACUCACCUCGCCGAGCAGACUGAGCAGCAGCAGCAGCAACAACAACAACAACAACAACAACAACCAGAGACAGAACCUGCUCCAGGCUUCACUGCCCACACAACUCUGCCUCAGUUCUCCUGCACUCACUGUGAUGCCACGUUUGGAAGCUGGGAUGAAGUUCAGGCUCAUGAAAAUCUUCACUCCGUUGACUCCGCCCCUUCCACUCUUACCAAAGUUGUUCCGAUGAGCUCUCACGUCUGCGAGACGUGCCGGGCGGAGUUCGCACAGUUGGCAGACCUGCACGAGCACGAGAAGCAGCAUCCCAAGCCGAGGCCUCACAUCUGCAGCGACUGCAGCAAAGGCUUCCUCAACAAGUCGGGGCUGCGGAAACACCAGAAGAUCCACUCGGCCAGCAAACCCCACAGCUGUCCCCACUGCGGCAAGGCCUUUCUGUUCGCCGCCUACCUCCGCAAGCACUUACGGACUCACGCAGAUGCUGCAUCCACACAACUCACAGACAUGAACAUUAUCCACACUGACCCUCUCCCCUCUCCUCCAUCCCCCGGUGAGAUCCCCCCCUCCACCGUGGAGUCCAGCACCAUCUCCCUGACCGUCCCAGUGACCGUUCCUGUAACAGCUUUUCACACUCUGCCGGAGUAUUUAGUCAAAGAGGAGGGUCUUUAAGUUAAGACGUUUACUUCUGCAGAGUUUGAAUUGCUCACAUCAUCUCAAAUCUUUUAAGAUGACGGGGUCUGAUUUGUCAGGGGUGUUAAAUUUGAAGCAGAAUGACGUCUCCUUCAUGUAAACUGUCAGCGCCUGGUCACUGUUUUGUCCUGAUAUUUUAAGUGAGUUACAUAUUGAUCAUGUUUUAAAAUACUGUAUGUAUGCUAUAAGUAUCCUACGAUGAAAUGGUCACAUGUUUUGUAAUCUCUUCAUAAAAUGGUUUUGCAAACAUUUAUUCUGACAACUUGAACAUCUCACUUUUAAUGUUGUGAUUUCAGGUAAACAUAUAUUUUAAAUAUGUUUUUUUAUUUACAGCUCGUCUUAAAUCAGCAUUCCUUGAACUUACAAAACCAUUUGUAUCUGUUUGACUGUGUCUUAAAUAUCAACUUAUAAUGAUCUAAAAAAAAGAGUUGAAUAAAAGUCUGUUCCAUUCUAA